GAUGUUAGCAUCUACAUAGGGCUAAGCAAUUACAAGUAUUUAAUUGCAUAAUAGCAUUGGUCUCAAAGCAUAAUCUUCUCAUUUUCUUCUCAUCUCAUUAACUAGAUUAAAUUAAAGACCAGUCAGAUUUUUAUCCUCACUGGGCAUUAUACUACAUUAACCUAGGCCUUGCUUAUGUCUUGCCAACAUAUAAACAUUGGCAUAAUACAGCAGAUAUCUCCCUCCUACCUAUUGUAAUCGUUUGAUAUGAUAUUAGUAUAUGCAUAGCGAUUUCUCGGGGUAGGAAGGCGUUUAAUUGAAUUACGAUGCGCCUAGUUCAUUCAUACAUACAGCAAACACAGCCACUUGUAGCUAGGGACAGCAAUAGUAUAUAACUCGAAUCGUUACCCUACAUAACUAAAGCUGUUCGUUAUUUCUUCUUUUUUAAGGUGUUCUCUCUUAAGAUCAAUUGUGUUCGGAAUCGUAAAAUUACCAAAACCAUGACGAAAAGCUGCUUACCCGCGUUCCCGCUCGUUGUGUUCGGCGUCGUCGAGCCUGUUCUUCUCAUAUGGGCCUACAUCGUCGCCCUCCGCGACCCAACCGCCUUCUUCGCCGCGCAGGCUCCCAACUUCCCCCUCCCCCUCCCCGUCGUCUCCGUCUCCGAGCCUGAGCCUGUUGAGCCUGUUAUCCCCCCUCAAGCGCUAGUCCUGCUCCUGCAGCUCGUCAACGUGUACCUGCUCCUAGCGGGCCUAGCCGUAGUCUGCUCCUGGACGCCGCACGCUUCCGUCGCCCGCGGGUAUCUGGUCGUGGUGGCGCUCGCGGAUUACGGGCAUAUUUGGGCGUGCUAUAGGGGCGUCGGCGCGGAAUUGUUCUGGAAUACGGCCGAGUGGAACGAUAUGUUGUGGGGCGGGGUGGGUGUGAGUUUGGCGCUGAAUGUGGUCCGUUGGUUUACGGUGCUCGGGGCGUUCGGGGCGUUGGGGGGGCCGCGGGGCCCGGGGGGUAAGAAGAAGAAAAAUGUUUGAGGGGUGAGGGUUUUUUUUUGGGGCUUGGGGGAAUGGAUGUUAACCCCUUAGAUUGUAAUAUGUCGUGUGUAUGUCGUUCGGGUGUUGGAGUGUUAUGUUGGUGGUGUGUUGUCGGCUGUCUUGUUAGAUCACGGUAUGUUGGAGAGUUCGGGCCAUGGGCAGGAUUGGAAGAUAUUUUGUAUUAAGGGGCGUGCUAGGUAGAGUCCGCAUUGAAGGGGGCAAAAGGUGAUUAAAUUUCAUAAUUCGUUGUUGCUUGAUUCUAAUAGUUAUCUAUUAU